UAAAAAGCAAUUUAGCAAGCCAUUAAAUCCAACUUGUUUUAUUUGGUUUACGUAUCAGUAAUAUAACGCGAUAAAUACUUUAUCAAAUUUGUAUAAUAGGUCGAAUAUUAUCACACUUUAUCGGUAAGUGAACGAUCGAGGAAGAUUGGGGGAACAUUUCAUUGUUGGAUGGAAUAUUAGCACAAUGUUGGCUAUUAGCCUAGUUUUUCUUUUGUUGGCCACGGUCAGUGCCGGGAAACAUGAUCAGUAUUCAGGCUAUUCAGUCCACGGCAUCAAGCUGCGAACACAAUCCGACAAGGCCUUCAUCGAGGAGCUCACGCAAAGCCUGGAUUUGGACGUAUGGCAAGUUGGAAACCCUGAAUCCCGUGAUGCUCAGCUCAUGCUGUCGCCAGAAGACCGAGUUGCUGUACUGGACGACCUAGACAAGCACGGCCUUGAACAUUAUCUGCAUGUGGCUGAUGUUGCUAAGGUUCUGGAGGCUCACGAAAAAGAAGUCAACCAAUGGAAGCAGAGCAGGAGUGGAAGGCUUAUGCCCUUCAACGACUACCCUCGCUAUGAAGAGGUUGAUGCUUACUUGGAACAAAUAGCUGCUCAAUACCCAGAGCUGGUCACUCUUGUAAAUGCUGGACAAAGCUUCGAAGGGCGGGACAUCAAGUAUUUAAAGAUCUCAACUACAAACUUCACUGACACCUCCAAACCCGUGUACUUUAUGGAUGCCAUGAUGCACGCUCGUGAAUGGGUGACCACCCCGGUCACUCUCUUCUCCAUCCACCGCCUGGUGGAGGACCUGAGAGAUCUGGACAGAGACUUGCUGGAGGACAUCGACUGGAUCAUCUUGCCCAUGACCAAUCCCGAUGGAUAUGAGUACUCGCACACAGACGUGAGACUGUGGCGUCGCACGCGCUCUAUCAACUUGGAGGUGAGCACGGAAUGCGUGGGCGUCGAUGCGAACCGCAACUUCGACGUCAAUUGGAAUACGACUGGGGUGUCCCAAAACCCCUGCUCUGAUGUCUAUCCAGGCACUGCGCCCUUCUCCGAGUCCGAGACGAGGAUCGUUCGGGACAUCAUCGCCGAGAACCUGGACCGGAUGGAAAUAUUCAUGAACAUCCACAGCCAUGGCAACUGGGUGUUGUAUGGGUUCGGAGACUACACGCUCCCGGACAACGUCAUCCAUCUCCAUGUGCUUAGCGCUGCCAUGGGAGCAGCCAUGGACGCCUUGAAGCUGCCAGCAGCGGAGUGGUACAAAAUUGGGAACAGCGCAAUGAUUUUGUACACAGACUCUGGCAGCGCAGCCGAUUAUGGACAAUACGUGGGCGUCCCCUUCUCCUUGACCCUGGAGCUGCCAGGGUACGGUAAUGGAUUCCUGGUGCCGCCGCAGUACAUCGAGCACAUCAAUUUCGAGACCUGGGAAGGCAUCGCGGUCUCCGCGCGGCUGGCCAGAUCCUUCUAUAGAGCUCGCCAAUAGAGUGUAAUAAAAAGUAUUUAAGAAUUGUU